UUCCUCUUUUCCUUCCUCUUUUCUUCGUUCCCUCAAUACCGAUACCACUAUCUUACCUUUUUACCUUUUUUCUUAAAUCCUCUUUUCCUCCGGUUUCUAUAAUGGCAACUAAUAACUAUGGCGCCACCAGUGCUGCUGCAUCACAACCCCACCAAGACGAGGAAUCUCAAGCGUUGUUGAACAACAGACCUCAGAGUAACGUCAACACCGAAGCAAAUGACACGUUCUAUGGCCGUACGUUUGUCCAUGUUACCACUCAUCGCAAGCGUUACUUUGCUUUAUGGCUCUUGGCUGCUAUCGCUGCCAUCUCAACCGUUCUUGCACUGCAUUUCUAUCACAAGUCAAAGGAACAUCAUGGCGGUCACGAUCUGCAGUAUCCAGUGAAUGACCUUGCAAAGAGCGUCAACAACAAUGACAACCUCUUCAGUCGCCCACCCCGCUGUGAAUCCGACAGGUCAUACCCUAUUGCCAUCCUACUAUCUGUCUUCCUUGGAUAUCUUGCUGUUGAUCGCUUUUACCUUGGCUACAUCAUCUCAUCUUUGCUCAAGUUUAUUACUGCUGGAGGAUUUGGUAUCUGGUACAUUAUCGAUAUUAUCCUCAUCAUUAUUGGUGGCCUGCCCGAUCAUAAUGGUUGCCGCCUUGUUGCUCCUUAA